CAUUGGGCACUUAUUGGCUACAGCAAUGUUGUUGCUGCUUUGCAUAGCCCCUUUCCGUAUGUAUGGACUGAGCUCGAAGAUCAAAAAAGCCACGCUACUAUACUGUAGCGUACCCUUGUGCAUUGGUAGUUACAGGGAACUGAUGGCAAGUAUCCAGACUCCGUUGUUUUCCGUUCUCCUCGUCCUCAUCUUCAAUUACCUGAACUUAAACGCAGCAGCGCAGGAUUUUUAGUUUUGCUUCUCAAGCAUAAUGUGCAUCUCGGGCUAACUCAACCUUACAAGCGAGCAGGAAAAGCUAGAAUAUGACCGGAGUGCACGCGUCUGCGCUUACAUGCGAUCGGGAAUGGCGCUCGUAUUUUUCAAGAGAGAAUGCUUGGAUGAAUAAGGAAAACCUGAAACGUGUGUGGACGGAACGCAGCACAAACGGUUCAGAAACGGAGCACCACAAAGAAGCACAGCACGGGAGAGCGCGGAUUGGUGAUGUGAGGAAGAGCAAUGGCCUAGAUCAGUAAUAGAUCGUCAGUGGUUAGUCUGUCAUUCUAGUUAACUGGGUGCUGUUCAGGACCUUUAUUCCGUUCUACCGACGACAGAACAAAUGGAAUGAUUUUCAUUGAAGGUCUGUUAAAAUUCAAGAAUGCAGCCUUAGAGGUUUUUUUGUAAAACUUUUUAAAAAAUCGUUUUCACAGUUUCCCCCUAAAAACACACGCGUUUCUUGGGGUUGUCAAUAUUUUGUCAAUUAACAGUGGAUCUUUAUGUUAUUUAGUGGUUACUCAUUCAAUGGUUCAUAAUCCGAAGAUGUCCAAUUCAUAGGCUGUAUUACUUUUUUUGUAAGUAACGCUCUAGUAUAUUAACCAUUUGAAUGAUGACGUCUGUAGAAUCUGACAGUGAAAGGGGAAUAUCGGGCAGCAUUUUUGAAAAAAGCCCCAGGGUCCCCGACCGUAAUGGUUAUGUGAAAACAUGUGUUACUACACUGUCCCAGGACCCGAACUGUGCACCGUGGGUGAAACUGAUGUUCACUAAAAUAUGGAGUUAUAAAGGACUCUCGUCUGCGGUAUGCGUGGGGUCGCUUUCGGUUUUACUCGCUCUGGUGGUUAAAUUUGUAGACUGGGAAAUCGAGCACAACCGCAGCAGCAGCAGUAGUAGUAGCAGCAGCAGCAGCAGCAACAGCAAUAACAGACAGCCCGGGUCUCCGAUUCAUUUCGCGUCAGGCUGCACGGGGGAGCUAUUGCUAACUUGGUGGAAUCUGGUUUCUCCAGUCUUCACCCUCUUAUGUGCCUUCUUUUGGGUCGGCUUGUAUCUGAUCCGCUGUGGAGUCCUUAUUAAAACAACACUUUUUCUCUUAACCGCGUGCCAUUUGGGCGAAGCGGCGGCACAGUCGCUCUUGUUCGGGGCGGAUGAUCAGUUACUCUCCUUCACUGCGACCGUGGUGGUGCUCGCGUGCCUGGCAAGCGGGGCACUCAUGGUGGUGAGACUCAAGCAGGGAAUCUCAGUUAUCGUUUUCAUCAGCAUCGUCAGGACAAUCUCGCUCAUUUCUUUGCAUAAAGUGCGGGCCAGCUGGAGACCUUACUUGGCCUACGUGGUCGGAGUACUGGGCAUUCUACUGGCGAGGUAUGCUGACAGGCUCCUGCCGAACCAAGGGAUACACAAGGAGGGUUGUGCCUCCGUGAGUGAAGCGAAGGAAGAGAUCCCGGUAUUUAAAAGGCGAAGGAGGUCCAGCUCCGUAAUAUCUUCAGACAUGGCACACAGUCACUCCAACAGCAAGUCACAUCGGCGAACCUCGCUGCCGUGUAUUCAAAGGGACCAGAUGCUGUCCCAGUCUGAAUGGGACCACAAGCGAGGGUCUCGUGGAUCCCAGUCCUUGGGCACCAGCGUGACAGUGGACAUAGCGGUGAUGGGAGAGGCCCACGGGCUCAUCACCGACCUGCUGGCGGACCCCUCCCUGCCCCCCAACACCUGCAGCUCGCUGCGGGCCGUCAGCAACCUGCUCAGCACCCAGCUCACCUUCCAGCCCCUGCAUCGGCCCCGCGCCAACCUCCCGGGCUCCUUCAGCGACGCCUACACCUGCUCCGACUCCGAGGAGGGACCCGAGAAGGGCGAGAAGCUGGCCAUCCCAAAGCGUCUGCGACGGAGCCUCCCCCCGGGGCUGCUGCGCCGAAUCUCCUCCACCUGGACCACCACCACCUCCGCCACGGGCCUCCCCACCAUGGAGCCGGGCCCCGUGCGCCGGGACCGCAGCGCCAGCAUCAAGCCCCUCCACGAGGGCCCCAUCUGCAGCAGGUCCGUGUCCGCGUCCUACCCCACCUCUGCCGGCACAAACCACCUCUACACCAAACGGCAAGGCAGACCAGGUUUCCCUCCAGUCAACAUCACGCCCCUGGCCUCUCCGUGCCAGUCCCCCGGCCAGGGCACGCCCGUCUCUAGCCCCGUCAGCAAGGCCCCCUCCGCGGACCUCCCGGACGCCGCGGACUCGCUGGCCGAGUGCGCGGUGGCGGCGCCGCUGCCGGGCGCUCACAAAGCCUUAACUCACACACAGAGCGCGCCCGGCUGCACUGCCACACACUCGGUCUGCAGCAGUUGCGGAAGACCAUUCAGCAUAUUAAGCCUUGGAGAUGGGUCAAUGGACAGAGGAGACAGAAUACGCAGAACAGAUGAUCAAGCGAUAGUUUCAUCUGACUAUGACAGCACCCACGAGACCAACAACAGUGACAGCAGUGACGUGACACAGAGCGAAGAUCCGGAGAGAGGCAGAAAACCCACAGAUGCCCAGGCAGGGUGCAGGAUGUACCCAUCGGACACCAUUAUCCUGCACAACCUAAUACUCUCAGAGGACAAACCCAUUCUGGCCCCUGAGCCCCUGGUGAUGGAGGGUCUGGAUCCUAUGAUGAGCCAGCUCAACAACUGGAACUUCCCCAUCUUCAGCCUGGUGGAGAAGACGCAUGGCAAACGCGGCUGUAUACUCAGCCAGGUCUCGUACAGGCUGUUCGAAGACACGGGGCUCUUUGAGACGUUCAAGAUCCCCGUGCGAGAGUUCAUGAACUACUUUCACGCCCUGGAGAAUGGAUACAGGGACAUACCAUAUCACAACAGAACCCAUGCCACAGACGUGCUUCACGCAGUGUGGUACCUCACCACACAAGCCGUCCCCGGCCUCCCCAGCCUCAUGAACGACCACGGCUCCGCCAGUGACUCCGAUUCGGACAGCGGCAUCACCCACAGUCACAUGGGUUUCCUGGUGUCCAAGACGUACACGGUGUCGGAGGACGGCUACGGCUGCCUGUCGGGCCUCAUCCCUGCCCUGGAGCUGAUGGCGCUGUACGUGGCGGCCGCCAUGCACGACUACGACCACCCCGGCAGGACCAACGCCUUCCUGGUGGCCACCAGCGCCCCUCAGGCAGUGCUGUACAACGAUCGCUCUGUGCUGGAGAACCACCAUGCGGCCUCGGCCUGGAGCCUCUUCAUGUCCCGCCCCGAGUACAACUUCCUGCUCAACCUCGACCACAUGGAGUUCAAGCGCUUUCGCUUCCUGGUCAUCGAGGCCAUCCUGGCCACCGACCUGAAGAAGCACUUUGACUUCCUGGCCGAGUUCAAUGCCAAGGUGGGCGACGACGUGGGCUCGGGCAUCGACUGGUCCAACGAGAACGACCGGCUGCUGGUGUGCCAGAUGUGCAUCAAGCUGGCCGACAUCAACGGCCCCCUCAAAUGCAAGGACCUGCACCUGCAGUGGACCGAGGGCAUCGUCAACGAGUUCUACGAACAGGGGGACGAGGAGUCCAGCCUGGGCCUUCCCAUCAGCCCCUUCAUGGACCGGUCGGCGCCGCAGCUGGCCAAGCUGCAGGAGUCCUUCAUCACGCACAUCGUGGGCCCGCUCUGCAGCUCCUACGACUCGGCCGCCCUCAUGCCCGGCCGCUGGGUGGAGCCCGCCGAGGGCGAGGAAGAGGAGGGGGCCGACAUCGACGAGAACGAGGAGGAGGACACGGCGGAGGAGGAGGAGGAGGAGGACGCGUCCACGGGCUCGGAGGCCUCCCAGAAACGGGUUACCAAGAAACGACGAAAAGUCUUCUGCCAGAUUACCCAGCACUUACUAGAGAACCACCAGAUGUGGAAGAAGGUGAUCGCAGAGGAGGUCCAGAAAGAGGAGGAGGAGUCAGGGCGCCACAGUAACCCCACUGAGCCAAUCCUGGCCAUCCAUGAGGAGGAGGAGGAGCCAGGAAGCAAAGAGGAGUCUGUGGAAGCCCUGGAGCAGGACGUGGAGACUGAGGAAGAGGGGACAGAGCCCCUGGAGGAGGAAGAAGAAACCCCGGCUUCUGAAACCCUGGUGGUUGAGGACCCAGAGUGAAAGAAAGUUCCAGAAGAAGAGCGAGGGAGCAGAUCGCCAGUAUCCAGAGCCAGAACGUUUUUUUAUUUUUUUUUAAAGAACAGAUUCCUGAUAUUUUGUUGCCAGCACAUCACUUAGACACAACACUGUAGAAGUUUGGGGAAUAUGUGCCUAAAGAAAACAGGGUGGGGAAGAGGCUGGGAUUUGGGGAAAUGGGGGAGAGGGCAGGGUGGCGGGUGGUGGGGGGCAUAAGGGAUUCUAAUGCUUUACACCUUUAUUAAUGAGGUCCGGUCCUGGUUCAGAGAACUCAACCUUCCGUUUGAGGAAGCUUCCACAGUACAGGAUCACAAAGCUCUGAGACUCUACACCCAUUCCAACCACUCCCCUCUUCAACCCCAUCCCCACCCCCACCCCAAAACCCCUGCUUGCAGUGGGAGGGGAGUCUGACCACCCAGCACCCCAAAUCCAAUGAGUUCCCCGUGGACUCUACAGACUGGUCCGUUUUUGUAAGAGUACUUUUUUUUUUUUUUUUUUAGAACAAUGAUAUUUUAAAAAUUGAAAAAAAUUAUGAAGCGCAUUCUACACACGACACGUGGAUCGAAGCUGCUCUCAUGCUGUUUCCCAGGGACACCAGUAGCAGUGCGCGCUCAGCGGACAGUGGGAAGUUCAGUAGCACCCAUUCCGUUGCUGUGAGUAGAAUGGGGAAGGGAAAUUGAGCCGUACAGGUCUGAAAAGCUUUAUCCAAAUUCAAGGAAAACAACAGUGUUUCACGUCGCACGGUGUCCCGUGUCCUUUUUUCCCCCACCUAUGGUUAACGCCGUUCAUAAAAUCUGUCAAACCGCCUCCACAGUAUUGUAAGACGUAAGAGCGAGCUCCGCCUAUCUACAGUAGCAUUCAAGAUGUGUCAUUGCUGCAAGCCAAAUCCCUGCUGUUAUUUUCAUUUGCCUAAGGUUUUCUCGCAGAUCUUGUUGGCCGUCACUUGUCUCCAGUGAGUGCUAUACUCUUUGUAAAUACGAGAAGGAUUUAUUUUUAUUUUCUUACAGUUAGACUUAAAAAAAAUUUUUCUUUGUCUAUACCUGGCCAAAAAAGGGAGCUUCUUGGUUAUUAAAGGAUCACUAGCUGUUAAGGGAGUCAUUAAUGUAAUUAAUUCGUUUCUUUUUUUAUUUUUGAAGCCUUAGUAUCGUCAACGCAUUGCAGUAUAUUUUGAACUGUUUUUUCAGCUAUUUCCCAUUAAAACUAUUGGCUAGUGGUUUAUAGCUGUUGCAUCUGCAUCUGUGCAGACAAAAGGGACAAAAGGGACACCUCAAAACAGAUGGUCUGAACAGGGAGCUAUUGGUCCGUCACAGAGAAACCAGUCUGUCGACCAAUCCUCAUAAUCCAAAGUGAAUGGUGUGGGACGAGUGCAGUGUAAUUUUUUUUACAGAAACGGGAAAAUAGUCAGACCAGAUUCGCAGUGCAAUAACUUUUGAUCUGAGCAAUCACGAAGCGUGAUUGUGGUCACUGUCUGUGCGUAGACUCCACGCAGUGUGUAGACUAGUGCAUUACUUUCAUUACCAUGCGCAGAAUGUCCCGAGAACAGUAUACUGUACAUCUGGCUCACAUUGCGGUUGUAACAGAGCAGUGUUUGUCCGGCGCUAGCAAGUAUCUUAAAGCUUUAGUGAGAGAUUCAGAACAGGGAAGCAUGGCAGCCACAUACCUGAGUACUGAGAACAUCGAACCUCUUAAAGAAAUCCCCCCCAACCAGAUUUUUUUUUUAAAGUGCGGUGCAUUUGUGCGGUGAUUACAUGGGUUCUGCAGAGUAGCAGGAUGAUGAGAAGCAGCAUGUGAGGGCUUUCAGUGGAACGUCCUCUGAGGGGGCUUUGAUUCCCCUUCCCCGGGCAUCCCGAGGAUGCCAUUAUGUUCCGGAACUCUCUGUCUUUUCUCGUCUGGGGUUUCCAUGGCAGCGCGGUCACACUCGCGCGCGCGCGCAGGGAUGGACAGGGGAGCAGCUUCCUGUGCCCCUUCUCCCC